GUCCUCAACGUUCACCAUGGCUUCUGUGGCCAGUCUUCCCGCCAGUAGCGCGACUCCCGCGACCUCUGCCAGUACACCAGCUCCUCCAGAGCUCGAGCAGAUCCUCACUAUGCUCACGUCGCACCGCUCGGUCCUUGGCUACAUGCUCCUCACGCGCAGCCACCCAACGACCAUAAUACGCCAUUCAGGCGUUAUCUUUGACGGAGAGCAGGGCAAGCGAUACGCAGGAGCCAUCGCGCGCAUCGUAGAGAGCGUGCAGCACGGGCUUGAGGAAGUCAGUGCGGAUCAGGCAGAUUUGGACGACAUGCGGUUCAUGCGCAUCCGCACGAAGCGGCAUGAAAUUAUGAUUUCCCCCGAUGAAAGAUACCUUCUUGCUGUCCUACACGACCCUGCUUCAUGAAAAGCGGGCGCCGUCUGCGCCACAUGUUUUCAGUACGUACGGUCGACGCUUUGGAAUCAGCUAGUGUAUAUGUACAGCAUUAAUGACAAUGGAGGUAUAAUACAGUG